GGCGAUUUUCCUGCCAUUGCCCCAAUCUGUUCCAACUAAAGCGAUCGUCCUUGGAUCGGGGAAUUUGCCUGCUGCGGAAUGCCCAUGGUUGUGGAAAACGGCCUGCCUGGUACGGAGACCGAGUGGUCCAUUCAUGCACCCCCCUGCUCGAUGCUGUGCAGGCGAAGCCUCAUGCCCCGGCCUUCCUCCGCCCCAGCCCCAUCCCAUGCCAUCCUCUUCCUAGAUAAAUAGAUACUCCAUGACCUACCUCCGCCAACAUCACCACCACACAUCAGCCAGCAGCUCACCUCGGACUCCAAAGCCUUCCCCCCUCACAGUCUCCCGCCUACACAUCUCUCCGGCGUCGUCAGGCAAUCCCUCCAGUCAGUCAGCAUGGCUGUCUUGUCCACCAUGAUGGUCGCCCUCGCGGCCAGCAGCGCCCUUGGAUCUACCAUCCCUCCUCGUAUCGGCACCAUCAGAUCGCCGGGGACGUUCUCGGUUCAGCAGGUCCACAACCCCAGCUACGUCAAGCACGGUCCAACCGAGCUGUUCAAGGCUCGCCGAAAGCACGGCGGCAACAUCACCCAGGAACUCCUUGCGGCCGUGGCAAGCCCGUCGUCCAAGGCCGCCAACGGCACCGGCAGCGCCACCAACACUCCCCAGAACGGCGAUGCCGAGUACCUUACUCCCGUGAGCAUCGGGACGCCGCCGCAGGUGCUUAACCUGGACUUCGACACGGGUUCCAGCGACCUGUGGGUCUUCAGCACCGAGACGCCCAGCCGCGAGGUGAACGGGCAGACGCUCUACAAGCCGGCGAGCAGCUCGUCGGCUAAGAAGCUGUCUGGCGCGACGUGGAGAAUCUCGUACGGCGACGGCAGCUCGUCCAGCGGCGACGUCUUCACCGACGUCGUCAGCAUCGGCGGCUUGACCGUCCAGUCGCAGGCCGUCGAGUCGGCAAAGUCGGUUUCGGGAGAGUUCACCCAGGACAGCGCCAGCUCCGGCCUGCUGGGUCUCGCCUUCAGCAGUAUCAACACGGUCCAGCCGACCCAGCAGAAGACCUUCUUCGACAACGCCCUCAGCUCGCUGAGCCAGCCUGUCUUCACCGCCGAUCUGAAGCACAAUGCCCCCGGCACCUACAACUUCGGCUUCAUCGACGACUCGCUGCACACGGGCUCGAUCGCGUACACGCCCGUGGACAACAGCCAGGGCUUCUGGGGCUUCACGGCGACGGGCUACGGCGUCGGCUCGGGCGCGAUCAAGCAGGCGAGCAUCUCGGGCAUCGCCGACACGGGCACGACGCUGCUGCUGCUGCCGAGCGAGGUGAUCGACGCCUACUACAGCCAGGUGGACGGCGCCCAGAUCUCGCAGAGCGUCGGCGGCGUCGUCUUCCCCUGCGACGCCAACCUGCCCGACUUCAAGUUCGCCGUCGGCAGCACCACCAUCACCGUGCCCGGCGAGUUCAUCAACUUCCAGCCGAUCGACGAGACCGGCCAGACCUGCUUCGGCGGCCUCCAGGACUCGAGCGACAUCGGCGUCAACAUCUUUGGCGACGUCGCGCUCAAGUCGGCCUUUGUGGUCUUCGACGGCGGCAACAACCGGUUGGGCUGGGCGACCAAGAACCUUUGAGUGAGUGAGCGUGCGAGCGCAGUUGAGCGGUGCUGGCAACCUGAGGUGAUGUGUAUACGACGGCGGUUAUCUGGUUUUCUUGUUUUGUGUGUUGGAGAUCUCACAACAGCUGCGGGAGCCGGCGGGACGGGUAAAGCAUGAUGGCGAUGAUGGGUUGCAUAAUUCUGCUAAGUAUGUACAGUACAUAUUCAUAGCGCAAUUUGUUAGAUAUCCUAGAACAUAGGUUUGAUUGCAAAUGUUUAAAUCUCAGA